AAAACCCGUCAGUGUAGCGGCGCGCCUUGCCGCACCGAUAUAACCGCGCCCCGCCAUUCCGUACACAAGAUUUACUCAUAUUUUUUAAAUUUAGAACGUGCCGUCGUCGACCGAUGGCGAUUUAAAUAAAAAAAAAACUUUUCCACCCGACUGUUUCGACAAUAUUGGUGGCAUUCGUGAAAGUGUGUGUUUGUGCAUGUGCAAUGGAGGUUUAAGUUUAUGUGUGUAAAAAAUUUGACUCAUUAAUAUUGUUGAUUGUACGAGAUACCCUAAUGAUAAACCAGUAAAUGGUACCAACCAGACAAGUGACGUCCAAAAAUGGUCGUAUUAUAGCAAACGAGGAUUUCUUGGCGCGGUGGCGGCGGAGGCGAAAAGAUGCUAAUUCUGGUCGUUUAUUUCAUCACGCUACCCGCCUUAACAUCAAAGGUCGUCAGCGGAGAAACACCUAUGGACGAGAAAACGCAAACCUUCAUCAGCUCUAGAGUAGUUAGAACCAAGUACGGAGAUAUCAGAGGGUUCAUAGUGACGCCAGAGUCAAGGUACCUUGAGCCAGUGGAGGUCUUUCGGGGAGUCCCUUAUGCAUCACCUCCAGUAGGAUCUUUAAGAUUCAUGCCUCCUGUGUCUGGUGCUCAAUGGUCCGGAGUGAAAAUUGCUGAGGAGUUCAGUCCAGUGUGCCCUCAAGUCCUGCCUGAUAUAAGGAAUGAGACUGCUGUACUAAAGAGGAUAUCAAGGGGGAGAUUGGAAUACCUCAAGAGGAUACUGCCGUUCCUCACGAAUCAGUCAGAAGACUGCUUGUAUUUGAACAUAUACGCGCCUGCUCAAGCAGGUGUACGGGACGCGGUGGCUCGCUAUCCCGUGCUAGUCUUCGUGCACGGCGAAAGCUACGAGUGGAGCUCCGGGAACCCCUACGAUGGGACGGUCCUCGCCUCCCACGCUGGGCUUGUCGUCGUCACUAUUAACUACCGGCUUGGGAUUUUGGGGUUCCUCAACCCUCGCUCGGACGAAUUCCCUCGUUCGCCAGCCAACUACGGUCUGAUGGACCAGAUAGCAGCUCUGCACUGGAUCAAAGAGAACGUGGCGGUCUUCGGAGGGGACCCUACUAAUGUGACCCUCAUGGGCCAUGGGACUGGGGCCGCGUGCGUCCACUUCCUGCUCACAUCCUUGGCUGUGCCCGAAGGUCUUCUCUUCCACAGAGCGAUCCUCAUGUCUGGAUCUGGCCUGAGUCCAUGGUCUCUAGUCGCGGAUCCUAACAAAUACGCUGCGAUAGUAGCGACACAUGCUAAUUGUUCGCCAGAGCUAACACCGCCGCUGUUGCUACGGUGUUUACGGGAGCGGCCGCUAGAGGCGCUGCUGUCAGCACCGGUGCUGGCACCUGACUUCGCUUACGCUUUCGGACCGAGUGUCGAUGGCGUGGUUAUAGAUACAGGGGAUCUCCUAGUGAACCCUGAGAAUGGGUAUGAGUGGGCUGGUCAGACGGUCGCCCACGCGCCCAUUGGACGUCAGGCGCAGAACGCGAUCAACAUUAUCAACGCAGUCCUCAUGAGGAAGAGUGCUGUGGCUCAACUUACCAAGUAUGACUUGAUGUUGGGCGUCACAAAAGCAGAAGCGUACUUUGCGUUCAGCGGAGAUGACGUACAGUACGGUAUCGAAGCCGACAGACGGUCCAAGAUCCUGAAGUCCUUCGUGAGAAACACGUACAGCUACCACUUAUCGGAGAUAUUAGCGACUAUUAUUAAUGAGUAUACGGAUUGGGAAAAACCUGUACAGCAUCCUAUAAAUAUAAGAGACGAAACACUUGAAGCACUGAGCGACGCGCAAGUUGUAGCGCCGAUCGUUCAAACAGCAGACACACAUUCAGCACUCCGAAGGAACUCCUAUUUAUACGUGUUUGACUACCAAACUAAAUAUGGAGACUAUCCUCAGCGCCAAGGCUGCAUCCACGGAGAAGAGUUGCCGUACGUGUUCGGCGCCCCACUGGUGGGCGGACUUGCCCACUUCCCACGCAACUACACCAAGGCUGAGGUCACGUUGUCCGAGUCUGUCAUGUUGUACUGGGGAAACUUUGCCAAAACUGGAAAUCCAAACGAAGCUCAAGAGAGUGAUCCGAUAAGAGCUGGAAGACAAGAAAGAGUCAGAAUGAAGAAUAUCGAAUGGACGGCGUACGAGGCCGUGCAUAAGAAAUAUUUAAAUAUCGACACUAAAGCAAAGUUAAAGAAUCACUACAGAGCUCACAGACUAUCGUUCUGGCUAAACUUAGUGCCAGAUCUCCACCGUCCAGGGGGCGAGGAUGUCCCUCCCUCACAUCACCAGCUAGAACACGAGGACUCUGCCUUGCAACCAACUCUGAAGACUUACAGCCCGCCAUUCAAGAAGACCACAGACUUGGCAAUCACUGACACCGGAAUGGCCACGAAAAUUCCAGUGUUAGGUAUAUUAAACAUUACUUCACCUUUGAAUUUUAACAUAAUUGGAUUAAACGCAGUAACACAAAGCACUAUAGGAAGUUCAGAAGUUCAAAAGACUGAUACUACAACUUCCAGCCCUCCAGAAGAUGGAUUCGCUGCCUAUUCAACUGCCCUUAGUGUAACAAUAGCUAUAGGAUGCUCUUUGCUCAUAUUAAAUGUCCUUAUAUUUGCUGGAGUUUAUUACCAAAGAGAUAAGACUAGGAUGAAUGGUCAAGAUGGGAUUAACAAUGGAGCUCAUCUCAAAAAGAGAGUUGAAAAUGGUCAAAUGCCGAAUAAUAUUUGCGGAGACCUGGAAGGUGCGCUGUCAUAUCAAACGAGUUUGAAGAAUGAUCCAGCCACCAUUCUGAGCCAUCACCACACACAUUCACAUCAUCAGCUGCCACCGCCAGAGUUUGCUGACUUACCCAGUAAUAACGUGGCAAGCAUGGCCACACUACCACGGGCACCACCUCCACCCAAAAUCAACAAGAGCAACAUCAAUACGCUAGCCAGUGGUCAGUUGCAAGAGAACCAACCACUGCUCUCAGCGCAUCAGAUGCAAAUAAUGAACACAAGUACUUUGACAAAGAAGAACACGCAACUGAACGCGAAGUCCAACGUGACGAUGGAGGAAUUGAGAGUGUGACGUCAGAGGGCCUGACUGCAGCGAGCCGGCAGUUGCAGCGACGUGGUCCACCACGACGAGAUCGUGUGACUCGAACCGGACCUUCUCAAGUGCGUCACGGACUACAUAUAAGACAUUAAGUUUCGUGCAACACUUGAACUUGGAAGGUUUAAUAUAAGUGACAGUGACUUCAGUGAUUUAGUGGACUUCGAAACGAUUUCAUGGCAAUUAUUCAUAUCUGUAUCUGAAUAGUGAACGAACUCGAUGGUGUAUAGAUAAAUAUUGUUGUAUAUGUAUGUAUAUAUAGACAUUUGUACAUAAACCUUCCAUAUCCAUCCCGUUUGAAAUAUAGGAAAGUGAAAAAGUUUUAAUGAUUUAGAUUUUGAUACGUUCAGUCGGCUGUUAAAGUUCUUGCUAGAUUGAUAGACGGAUUUAAUAAACGAGAUUUGAACUGAAACGCUAAUUAGAUGUACAUUUUUGGCUCCAGUCGUACAGAGAUCACUGCGCUUUGUCAAAAGUAAAAAAUCUCGAAAUCAAAUUAGCUUCGCAUACAAUUAGUUUUAGAAUUAUCAAAAUCGCAUACAAUUAGAUCUAUGAGUUUGAUCACUCAAAUACCCAUACCGGAAUUAUUAGUUGAAUGCCAUAAUAUGUCAAAUAUUUUUCAACUAUUAAUUAAAAAAAUAAAUGGUAACAUAAUUAGUUAUUGGCAAUUUGGAAAGGUAAUCCAUUGCUGUAACUAUAAUAUCAUUAAUCGAAGCAUACGAGAAUGCUACCUAACUAGAAAGUUAGAAAGUUGUUGUGUAGAAACACAGCUUUAUGUUUUAUUCUAUACUAUAUACAGCUAUGCGUGUUUUGGUAAGUAAAAAUUUUAUGUAAAAUUAUUAUAAGUAUAGAAAAUAAUAGUCCCGGCACUGCUAGUGUGAGCUAGCUUCUACUGUCAAUACGUCAAUAAAUGGUUUAUAAUUUGCAUUAAUAAAUUUCCUAUCCAAUUAGUUAAUAUCCUAAACAUUGGACAACAAUUUUUGUCCGCAUUAAUAUCGAGCGGUCCGCAACAGUAAUUUCGCUUAUUAACUCCAAACUCGGUCACACGUUUUAAUGGCCGACUGAAAUGUCAAUUGCAUUCCAGAUAGUGUUCGUAAAUUUGAUCGCAUAUAAACGCGCCGACGUGUUUACCGAAUUAAAAGCAAUAAUUGAUUGUGUGACGGAAAAUACGAAUGGUUUUGAAUUGCCAAAAACUGACGGAAAAAUAUUUUUACGAUCCAUAAUGGUUUAAAUUUGUUUUAAUCCGCUUUGCUAAUGAUGAGCCGAAUUUUGAUGAUAUUUGACGAAAUUGGAAACUAAGUAAAUGGUUUGGUGAUAACAAUCAAAUAUUAUAGUUCUCGAAGAACUAUAACCCUAUUAUUUGAAAGGGAUAUGUCAUCAAAAGUCGUUCUAUCUCAAAUUACUAAUUCCAACAUUUCAAUUAUUCAUUUUCAAUAACAGUCUGUGACUAUGAGGGGUAACCUUAACUACUUUCAUAUAUCAAAAUAAUUGAUGUCUUAGCAGACUUAAUCGUAAAUGGAUGACAAGAUAUUUUUCCGUUUCAACAACACUAUGACGAUUAAUUUUCCAAAAUAGAUGGACCAACAGACUUUGUAAAUAUGUAAAUAUUAGAAAAAAACUUACAACAGGUUGUAAGAUGUACUAAUUAUCCAUUUAGUGUUUUUAAAUUCGAAUCCACGACUGAUCCUGUUGUUGAAUGAAUACAUCAUACAUUAUAAUUUUAUUAUCAUCACUUUCAUUGUGUUUGUUUAUUUUUAUCACGUUCGGGAUUUCUUUGAAAUCGUAAGCUUCGUAAGCAUAUUCGAGACAAGCCCUGAAUUCCACAUUCACAUCGAAGUAUAACCAACUUUUUUAUAUGUAGGUACAGCAAAGUGACCGCCCUGCAUCUGAUGGUAAGUGGAAGGGCUCCCAAUAUAAUUUAGACUGACGAGAUAUGAUUACCCCUCGACAGUCGAUAUUAUUAUGCCGGCCUGUUGGAACUGGCUAUACGUGAACUGAUCCCGGAACGCGACACACUUACGUGGGCCACUAUGGUUUUAACACCUUGUGUACGAUGGUCGCUAUCCGGGCGGAUAUAAAACAUAUCCCACCACCAGCACCGUAUAUACCAAUGGAAAGUAGCAUUUUGUUUUUAUUAGAUUACGCAAAAAUCUUUGCAUAUUGCAUCUAUUUGUAUGUCUUUCAGUAUCCGUAAAAUGACCGACAACAGACGCAUUAUUUCACAAUGGUUGCCAUAGUUACGACAGACCAGCUAACAAACAUUCCGUUUAAGGAGGCUAAUAUUCAGAUAGUAGAGUACACAUGCGCCGUCAAACAAUUCCAGCUUAAUGUUGCGGCAAAGGUAAAACAGCGUCACAUUGCGAGAAGUACGUCGUCGUAGGACUUGUGUUGCGUUUGUCGCACAAAUAAUGAGUAUCAGAGUGAAACGUGCCGUAUGCUUUGUUCAGAAUUACCAUUUCAUAU